AUGUCCUUUCCAAACAUGUCAUGUAAAGUCUUAGUUUACGGCGGAGGAGCUAUUGGUUCGAUCCUAGGCUGGCGAAUUGCUCAGAACAGCAGCACCCAGGUCUCCGUUGUGUGUCGUUCGAACUUUGCCAAAGUCAGGUCCGAUGGAUACCUCUUCCGGACUUCAACAUGGGGCACUGGCCGGUUUCGUCCCUACCAGGUGUUUUCUGCAUCGAACAUCGCUGCUGCAGCCUCGCAGCAACGAUUCGACUAUGUCAUCUGCGCCACCAAGGUCACAGGAGAGCGAGAUUCCAUGCUGCAUGAUCUUCGCAGUAUAGUCCGACCCAACACAACACUCGUCGCUGCCCAGAACGGCAUGGGCGUGGAGGGGCCAUUGAAACAAGCAUUUCCCAAGAAUACAGUGCUGGUAGCAGUAUGCAACCUCAACUGCAACCAGGCAGCUCAUGGCAUCAUAGAACAAGCAGUCAACGUCAAGCCGCAUGCUUUCGCAUUUGGUCUGGCCGGCCACGAUCCUCGGCGGCUCGCGGCUGAUGUCCGACGUCGCGACAGGUUGGUGGCCAUGGAUUCUGCUUUCGAAGUUGCUGCAGACGUCUCCCGGGAACGUUGGCGCAAACUUGUUGUCAACGCGGCCCUCAACCCGAGCACCGCACUAUCAGGUCUCGACACCCAUCAGCUCCUCGAAAGAUCAGAAGGCGUGGCAGUGGUAUUACAGCUGGCGCACGAAGCAUGCGACGUUGCCGCGGCCAGUGGCGUAGAGCUGCCAGCAGAUCUGCCAAAUAAGGUGGUCGAGCUUGCCAGAGAUACUCAUGUGAUCACGCCUUCGACUUUGCAAGACGUACGAAAGGGGAGACCGCUUGAGCUGGACCCCAUUUUUGGUUUCCUGGUCGAGCAGGCGGCCAGAGUCGGCGCGAGCGUGCCAUUGCUAACGUCGAUGUAUCAUCUGCUGAAGAAGAAAGAUCGCGAAGGACCAGGAUAUCAGAAUCAAACGGAGGGGGCGUCACUUCCUGGGUCAGCCGUGCAUGACUUGCUCGCUGCUUGGCAAGGAGGCAGUCAGCUAGGAGAAGUGGUGUAUUGA